UGGUUAAUUGAGAUGCGCUCCAGUUGGAAAACAAUCAUGGAUUUCAUGGAAGUAGUAAGACGUUCUCGGGUGGAGGGUGUGAGUCUGCAGGCAGCCAGGGAAGGAGACAUCAUCGUGGGGGGAACUCUGGUGGUCACUGCCUACUUUUUUAUAUACUCCACCAGGAAGAUAGCUGGGGAAGAUGAGCUCAUUAUUCUGCAUGUGGCUAUAGACCACGUUGAGCGUGUUAAGGCUCCUGCACUGACUGCUGUAGUGUGUUUGAAGGACUUCCGGAGGCUACAGUUUGAAUUCCAGACCCCAGAGGAUUGUGUGGACAUGAUGGAUGCCCUGGAGGCUCUCUCUAAACCAGUUCGUAUUCACCAUCUCCAUGCCUUUACCCACUUCCCCCGUGUGACCCUCCCCCCAAUGUUGUGGCCAUUCUCAACAGCGGAGGCCCUAUUAGCGGCAUGGGGCUGCUCACAGGAGCGUUACAGAGUCAGCUACAUCAAUAGUGGCUUCAAAGUGUGUGCUUCCUACCCCCAGGAUAUCAUUGUGCCUCUCUCAAUAACUGAUGAUGAAAUAAAAAAGAGUGCUAGCUACCGUCACCAAGGGAGGUUCCCGAUGGUGUGCUUCCAUCACAAGAAGAGUGGGGCAGUGUUGAUCAAAUGUGGGCAGCCACUGGUGGGGCCGACCAGUAAGAGGUGUCGUGAAGAUGUGAGCAUUCUCAACGCUUGUCUCCCUGGACUCAGCAAAGGGAAGGUCAUGGACAUACGCUCCCAGUCCAUCGCACAACAGCACAUGAGUAAAGGAGGAGGGACUGAGAUCCCCUCCCACUACCCCCAGUGGAGAGUGGAAUACGCUAAACUAGACAGUCCCCUCCUAUUACAGGCAUCGCUGACCAAACUACUGGAUGCAUGUGGUGAUCCUAGCUUGUCUCACAGCUCAAGCUGGUUCGGUCGACUGGAAUCAUCGGGAUGGCUAGAACAUGUCUCCAAAUUGAUGAGUGCUGCCAAGGCCGUCUCCCUGGCCAUACACAAUGAUGGUAGCAGUGUGGUUGUACAUGGUGCUGGUAGUAGGGACGCUAGUCUUCAGGUGACCUCAUUGGCUCAAAUCCUCCUCGACCCUCACUGCAGGACGGUCCACGGGUUUAUAGAACUUGUCAAGCGAGAAUGGCUGGAUAGUGGUCAUCCGUUUAGCCUGCGUCACAACCAUGUCAAGUCCGCCCCUGAGAAGGAGAAGGCUCCAAUCUUCCUUCAAUUCCUUGACUCAGUUUGGCAGGUGAUGCAACAGUUUCCCCUGUCGUUUGAAUUUAACGAGGGACUUCUCCACAAUCUCUUUGUUCACUCUUACUCCUCAGUCUAUGGCACUUUCCUGUAUGACUCACCAAUGGAGAGAAGGAAGAAUAAACUGGACGACAAAACACAGUCACUAUGGCGAUACCUAUCCCAGCCCCACGUAUACUCUCCCCUCCUGAACCCCCUUUAUGACCUCAACCCUUCCGUAUUGCUUCUAUCCGUCUCCCCUCUCACUGUGACCCUAUGGAGGAGAUUGUACCUUAACACCAGUAUAGAAGCUCAGUUAACACCACCCACACUCAACGCUCUCAAGGAGCUCAAGGACACCAAUACUGCACUUAGAGAAAAACUGAGCACAGUUAGAAAGGAGCUGAUGGAUUUGCAAAUAAAAGGCAGAAAGUUUGCGUCAAACUGGAGCUGAUGUACUUCUAUAGCUAUUCUGCAUGUGUUUGUUUGUUUGUUGAUGCAAUUUUUAACUAGCUGUGCACUUUGCAACAAAAAUAGAAUUUUGUGCUUCAAUUUUAAA